AUGGGGGAUGUUUCGGUUCAGCCUUCUGAUCCUACCCGAAUCUCAGUUUUUGAUCGGCUUUCACAUUUUGAUAAUGAUGUUGCGGAUAAAGUGCCUUUGGGUUCGGAGAAUCUGGUCAGUGGAAAGUUAAAUUUUGCCAAAGCUGUGGGACAAGCGAGUGACACAAAUUUAAAUUUCUACCCUUUAGCGGAUAAGAAACAGGUGAAUGUAAAAAUACCUAUUGAAAUGGCUAAGGAAGCUGCUAAAGCGUAUAACUCGGUUUUGUAUGGAUAUUUUCUGGGUCCGCGCAUACCUUUUCCCUUGGUGAAAAAUUACGUCAAACUGGCAUGGGGAAAAUAUGGGUUUAAAGAUGCGAUCCUAAAUGAAAAUGGUAUAUUCUUUUUUAAGUUUAAUGAUAUUGGUGGAUGUGAUCAAGUAAUUGAAGCAGGCCCGCUAAUGAUAAGAGGCAUACCUCUUUUUGUUCGUCGAUGGGAUCCUUCUAAGGGGUUAAGGAAACCUGAACAUACAUCCUGCCCGUUAUGGGUAAAAUUGCACAAUAUUCCCUUGGUUGCUUUCAAUAAAGAGGGAGUCAGUCGUAUCGCUAGUGUGUUGGGGGUUCCGAAGCAAAUGGAUUCCUGUACGGCGGCAAUACAAAUUGAGGUUGAAAUUCCUGAUCUCAAUGGAGGGGAAGCUGAAAGAGUGCAAAUCCAGGUGGAAUAUCUAUGGGAGCCAGUUCAAUGUUCCUAUUGCCAAGUUUUUGGACAUAAAUCGUCGUCUUGCCCUAAAUCUGUUAACAAUGGUAAGCAUGUGGAGAGGAGGAAAGAUGAAGAAGGCUUUGUUAGAGUGGAAAAGAAACAGUGGCGCGUUAAAUCAGGAGGUGAUGCUAAAAAUCUUGUUCCUCGGCAAGAUAAAGUUAUGGAAAGGCAAGUCUCUAUGCCGGAGGAUGUGGGUGCCAGCACCUCGGGUAAAGAGAAAAUGGAUGAUCGUAAUAAGGGUAUUUCUUUGGAUCCUUCUAAGCAAACUGGACGUAAUGAGGUGACUAACGACUCAGAAUCUCAUGUCGCUAGGGAUUCCCUUGUGAAUGUUUGCUCUUCUAUUUUUGGUCGGUGGUCUUGGAUUUCUAACCAAGUGGAAUGUGAUUCUGGAACUCGUAUUAUCAUUGCAUGGGAUUCACGAGUUUUAGAUGUUAUGCUUUUGGAGGUGCACAAUCAAUUCUUGAAUUGUAAGAUUAUCUUACGAGAUAACCAGGAGGUUUUCUUUUGCUCGUUUGUUUAUGGUGCCAAUGUAUGCAAUGCUAGAAGACAAUUAUGGUCGGGAUUGAGGAAAUUUAAAGUCUUGCUUGGUGCGCAACGUUGGGCCAUAAUGGGGGAUUUCAAUACCAUGCUUUUCUCUCAUGACGGUUUUGGUGGGUCCUCUCGUCGUAAUGCUGACAUGGGGGAUUUUUUUGCUUGUAUUGAGGAUGUUGAAGUCUUCGAUCUAAACUACACAGGUGUCCAUUACUCAUGGAACCAAAAGCCGAAUGCUUCUGGGGGUAUCAUGCAUAAAUUGGACAGAAUUAUGGCUAAUUCAGAGUUUACUUCUAAGUGCCAGGAUAUUACUGUUCAUUUCUUUCCGGCUGGUCUUUCUGAUCAUUCUCCGGGUGUCUUAUCUUUUAAAGGAGGAUCUCGAAAAAGGAGGUAUGGUUUUAAAUUUGAUAAUUUCCUGACAGAACAUCCGGAUUUCUUGCAGAUUGUUCAAGAGGAAUGGUCCAAAUAUAUUGAGGGAUCCUUUAUGUUUCGGGUAACUUCUCACCUGAAAGCUCUCAAGGUCCCUUUUCGUAAGCUGAGGAAUACCUAUGGAAAUCUUGGACAACGUGCUGCUUUUCUGAAAACUGAGUUAGACCGGAUCCAGAUCGAUGUGGAUAAUGAUCCUUCUAAUGCUGAUUUGGGAAGGGAUCUUGAUGAUAUUCGUCUUUCUUAUCAAUUGGCUUGUUGGGAUGAAGAAUGUGCUGCCAAGCAACGUGCCAAAGUCAAAUGGUUAAAUGAAGGUGACUCGAAUACGAAGUUUUUCCAUAGGGUGAUUAAAGAUCGUCAUCACUCUAACUCUAUCACGUCUGUAUGUACUAGUCGGGGCAAUUACGUCUCUGGUGAUGAUGUCCCUAAAGAAUUCGUGGAUUAUUUUAAGAGUUUCUUUGGUGUUCGGAAUGUUUCUACAGACUCGGUCAUGGCUGAUACUUCUUUUACGAGGAAGUUAACUCUAUCAGAUACUCUUGAUAUGAUUCAGCCGGUCACGAAUGAAGAAAUUAAAAAUGCUAUGUUUAGCAUUGGAAAUCAUAAAGCCCCAGGCUCUGAUGGGUUCACUUCAAAUUUUUUCAAGGCUGCAUGGGGGAUCAUUGGCCGGGAUGUGGAGAUUGCGGUCCACAAUUUUUUCUAUCGAGGUAAUCUUCCGAAAUUACUGAACCACACGCUUAUUUGUCUUAUUCCCAAAUCUGCUAAUGCUUCUAAGGUUACGGACUACCGACCUAUAGCUUGUUGUACUGUUCUUUAUAAAUGCAUUAGUAAAGUUAUUGCUAAUAGAAUGAAGGGGCGUCUGGAUUCUCUUAUUGAUAAGUCCUAG